AUGAACUGCUCCGACAUAACGAACAGCUCUACUGGGACAGUUGACGAGUCCACGAGGAGGGCUACUUUGGCAAUUUACGUUUUAACUUUUAUUUUUGGUUCAACUGGAAACCUUCUUGUUCUUCUUGUAGUCGCCAAAAAACACAGUCGCUCAAUUAAUGAUGUUUUCAUCAUGCAUUUGGCUUUUUCUGAUUUAAGUUUUAUUAUAUUGUGCUUGCCAGUAUUUAUUUACAUGCAAGUUUCCAGUUUCCAGGGAUCCUUGGUGUAUUGUAAAAUCAUCUGGCCUAUGAUGACAAUCUCAUUUUGCGCAGGGAUUUUUACUGUUACGUUAAUGGCGGUUCAUCGCUGCAAAUCAAUCUUGCGUCCUUUCGAGAAUUCCCUUAAAAAACGACAGCUUGUUGUAUGCUUUUUGGUUACAUGGCUUCUCUCAUUUCUUGUUGCCCUUCCAAUGAUCAUUGUUGCUAAAGUCGGGCCUUCGGGUUCAUGUUGUGAGGACUGGCCGACAGUCGACCACAAGCGGGUGUACACGGCGGUUCUUGCCGGACUGCAGUACUUUGUUCCGCUAAUUAUUAUUUCAACCGCGUACGUCCGAAUUGGAGGAGAAUUGUUUUUGUCCAAGCGUCGCAGAUCUUUCACAUCUCCGGCAAAAACACUCGAGGAAGCAAGGAAACAAGAAAACAAAAGAAUUGCCAAAAUUCUUGCCACGAUAGUUGUAUCUUUCGCAGUCUGCAUGUUUCCAACCCAUGCUGCUUGGAUGCUCAUCGAUUUUGGCGGGAAAAGCGAAAAAAAGAUAGCGCUUGUUAUUUUCAAAUUUUCCGAUUUGUUAGCAGUGUUUCACAGCUGUUUGAACCCUCUUAUCUAUGGAACAGUGAUACGUCAGUUUCGAGAUGAAUAUAUUAGAUAUCUAACUUUUAUUCUUUGCUGUUGUAAGUCUACAUCUUUGAAAGCUUCUUGUGACAAUGGCCGUUACGGUACACAACUGAUCAAAAAUGAAAGAGUAACUGAUGCCCGUCAAACUUGCACCAACUGUAAAACUGAGUUACUUGAAUUGGAACGUAUACAACCGUCGCCAACAAACGUACUCAUCCAAUAUAUGGAGCAGCGUGAAUAG